ACAAUGAGCUGGAAUCAUUGAUGCGUCUAUAUCAAAGCGAUUGUCCCUGGACACAGCAUCACCUUCCUCCCUAUCUCAGCCACAGCAGUCUAUACCUGGAGGGCGGCACACACGGACGCAAGGGAUGAAACGCAUGUUGGUGUGGACUAGCUGGGCGUCAGCAACAGUGGUGAUGACAGUCGUGGGGCUACCUUUUGAGCCGAUGCACUUCACACUAUACGAGAAUUCCAUGACGUGGAACGAGGCUGCCAGAAUGUGUGAGGGCAACGGUCAGCGACUGUUUAACUUGGAUUCCCACAGCAAGGCAACAGUGUUUGGCGGCAUUGUUGCGAAAUGGCGGGCAAUUGGGAAACUUGGUAGCAAAGAGGACAUAUGGAGCGGACUACACGAUCGAAAUAAGCCGAAUCGGGAUUACAGGUGGAGUGACUGUACCGCUUUAAGCUGGUCUAUCUGGUACUCGGGGGAGCCCAACUAUUGGAAUACCGAUCACUGUAUCCGCCUGGACGACAAAGGCCUGAGGUUUAGGACCGAUCUCUGCAACAAGAACUAUAAGUUUGUGUGUGAACAUAAACUAGGUGGGUGUUGGUUCGAGACGUUCGGAGGGUCCAAACUGUCUGGGAGCCUCCACAACGCUGGCGGCCUUGGCUAUACACAGUGUCUAAAGAUGUGUGAGACGUAUACAGAGGGCGGGAAUGAGUGUGUUGCUACCAGUGUAGACAAUGACGGCACCUGCUGGCUCAGUAUGGACUUGGACCUCUCUGUAGUGGACACACCAGCCAUGGCCUGCAGCUCAACCACCAUCACUGAUAUCAAACGAUGCCAUUCUUAUUCUUCAAGAGUUCAGUCUUCAUCGUACACCAACAACAACCGUGUCCCCCAGUACACCUGCACGUCUCUCUCGCCCACCGCACCUGUUACACCGUCUGUAACAACCACAACAAUGCCCGGCUGUGUCUAUGUGCCGACGACAAUGACAUCCACAACCACAACCACAACUACCACCACCACUGUAAUUACGAAUCCAACUGUUUCUGUAACAACACCACCAACAACAACAGAGUCGAUAACAACAAUGCCAUCAAUGCUGCUAACAACGACAACCACUGUCAGUCCAUCGACCACAUCUACGAGAGCAUCAACAGUGAUGACUUCAACUACCACAUCCCCCACAGACACAACUAGUGUGACUACCAUCUCAAGUCCAACUGCCUCUGGUCCAGCCUCCAGUACCAUCACUUCAAUAAGCCCACCUUCUACACACUCAACAGCUAGUACUUCUACUGACCCAGACAAGGUUUUAAACAAGAAAGCGAGCAAGUUGUGUCCAUGUUCGGGACUCGGUCGUCGCUCACGGAACCAGUUUCGUUUGACUGUUGAUAUGCUCGUUGUUGACAAAGCAACUCUUUCCAAAAGCAAGCGAAAGUUGACAUCUGCGCAUGACGACCGGGAAUCUGCCAUGGUGAUUGGAGCCUCCGGGGUGACAAUUGUCUCGUGUUUUAUGUUAGUCAUCUUUCUCCUGGAUUGUGACAGGAUUUUAAGACAAAAGAAUGUGCAGCGCCGCUAAUAAAGACUCUGCUACUUCCUGUGAUAAACUCGUACUCGAACACAAUAGUGUACAUGUAAGUGUAUACAUGGUAAAACAAAUAAAACUGGAUAAAUGUG